AUGAUAAGGGCAAUGAUUAUAAGAAAACAGAUAGAGGGUUGUACUAGACGUGUUUGGCUUAGAAGGUAUUCAAAGGCUCCUAAAACCCAAAAAAAGGAAGAAAAGAAUGCACCAGAGCAUAAGGAUGACGAUAAUUCUGCUCUAGUCCAACGGUUCACCCAAAUAUUGGAGAGUAAACUCUCGGAGAUAUCGCCAUCAUUUAUCAGCAAGGAUCCCCAAUUGACAAAACUAUAUAACAAGUAUUCUUCAGAUCCUGAUAAACAAUUCAAGGCCACAUACCAGAAGGAAUUAUCGCAUUUGAAAAAUGAAUCACUACUCAAUCGUAAUAGGCAUGCAAAAGAUAUCGCUGAUACGGUGACCAACAAGCCUUGGGAUGGAACGGAAUCAGUUCACGAUGUUAAUCUACGGAUGCUACUUGAUCUGAAGCCCCCUCCAAUCAAGUACAAGAAAACUAUUAUCACUCCACCGAUGAGUUUUAAAGAAAGGAUUGAAAAUGCCAAAGAAUCUAGUUUGGACUAUAAAAUUGGCAAUACUAAAAAAGAGGAAGAUAAAUUUAGAGAGCUCUAUAAGGAGAAAUUAUUAGGUCCUUCUGUGUUUCUUAAUUCAUCUUCACCCCAUACAUUAAUUGGAAUGGCGAAUACAUUGGCGGAUGCGAAGAUAAAUGCUAGCAUCAAUCACGAUACGGGACAAUUUCAUGAUACUAGCGACAUGUCUAGCGUAAGAGGCAAGCCUUUGGAUAGAGAACAUUUGAGAAACUGUACUGACUCGAAUUAUUUCAUGAACCAUAUAUUACAAAAGCAAGAGAUUUUACAUCCUUGGAUAGACAGCCAACAAAGCAUAGAUCGUCAAACCAUUGAUUUCCGAAAAAAUAUGGAUGGUGAAUGGUUUAAAGCUUUAUUUUAUAAUUUAAAACCCACGUCCGUAUCUCGAGAUUCAGUAUUGGAUAAAAUAGAAAAAAUCAGUGGAAAUCCACCAAACCACUAUGAUAACGAGUUUCAUUCUCGUCAAUUACCCUACAUUGUCGAGAAAACUAAAUCAUUAAAUAACUUGAUAAGGGAUUACAAUUUGCAAUCUCCUUCUUCUAGUAUCCACAAAUUUAAAUUGAGGCCUGAAGUAGAGUUACGUAACCUGUAUGAUAGAACAGUUUCAACUUUACGUACUCAAGCUUUGGCAUGGUACGAAAAUGAGAAGACUGCAAAAGAGAGACUGUCAAAUCUAAAGAACAAUAAAAGUGAAAGUAUGUUUGGAUUGUUUGAUAAUGGUGGGGGUGGUGGUAGCAGCAAUUCUGCAAAUGGCACUGGUGCAAGGCAAAGAGUACCUGAGAAAUUACAUCUUUGGAGAUCGAUUAAAGAGAUGUUUAAAUAG